AGAGUGAAUUGAGACGCGAUCGUGAACGCAUGCGCUGCGUUGCAUCGGGCUUGAAAUUUGGUUAUUUUGUGUGAAAAUCAGUUGAUAAAAAGGUGUGAGAACCGUUAUGGAAGUCACAUCGAAGAGUGGACGAUAACAGAUGGACUAAUUAUGGUGAAAGAGAGUGUUCUUAGUUAUGUUUUAAUUGAUUUUUGUAUUUUGUUGCUUCUGUGUGUCCAAAUGUGAUUGAUCCUCAAAUUCCCUUUUUUUUCUUCUUUUAACGUACCUUAACAAAUUGGAUGUGUGCUAAAUGUGAUGCAAAGCAAGAUAAAAUGUGGUUUAAAAUAUCAACAAUUAGUAGAAAAUUCUAUUGUGGCACAACACUAAAAAGGGAUUACAAUUGGAUUAAUAUUCUAUUGGCUGCAGCAAUCUUUCUUGGAUGUUUUCAAUGGACAGAAGGAUUAUCCUCAUGUACACUAUCAUGCCAACACGGAGGAAAGUGCAUGUUGAAACCAAAUGGAGAGCAGUUCUGCAAUUGCACGACGCGCUACAUCGGGCCACUCUGUGAAGUCAAUAAUCCGUGUCACACGGGGCCGGGACCACGGUGUCAGAACGGGGGCACCUGUGCACCCGUGCUGAAGGACGGCACAACGAGUUUCACGUGUCGGUGCCCCAUUGGUUUCACGGCGUCCCUGUGUGAGAUACCGGAGAAGAAUGCCUGUGAUUCGACGCCGUGCAACAACGGCGGCAGCUGCAUCCUCAAGUCACUGGAGGAGUACAAAUGUGCCUGUGCUCAGGGUUACACAGGCGUCCACUGUGAGAAGCAGAAUCUCUGCUCAUCGUCGCCGUGUCGAAACGGGGGCACAUGCACAUCGCUUCCUGGCGGCGCCUUCAAGUGUCACUGUCCAGUGGGCUUUAAGGGUGCCACUUGUGAAGAAGAUGUCGAGGAAUGCCAGAAAAAUCCCUGUCGACACGGCGGCAAGUGCACCAAUACACAUGGAUCUUAUCAGUGCACCUGUGAGCCAGGAUUCACGGGGAAGAACUGCGAAUCGAUGUACAUUCCAUGUUCACCGUCUCCGUGUCAAAAUGGUGGCACUUGUCUCCAAUCCACGACAGUCUCAUACGAAUGCAAAUGUCCACCAGGUUUCGAGGGGAAGAACUGUGAGGAGAACAUUGAUGAUUGUCCAGGAAAUUUGUGCCAGAACGGUGGAACGUGCAUAGAUGCAGUAAAUGCAUAUCGAUGCAAGUGUCCACCGAAUUUCACGGGAGAUUUCUGUGAGGCUGACAUUGAUGAAUGCGCCCUGAGACCAUCUGUAUGCCAAAAUGGGGCCACCUGUACAAACACUAUGGGUAGCUACUCCUGUAUUUGCGUGAAUGGAUGGACAGGGCCUGACUGUAGUGUCAAUAUCGAUGAUUGUGAGGACGCGGCAUGCUUCAAUGGGGCCACGUGUAUUGAUGGAGUGGGGAGUUUCUAUUGUCGCUGUACACCCGGCAAGACGGGUUUACUGUGUCACUUGGACGAUGCCUGUACAUCCAAUCCCUGUCAUGCUGAUGCCAUCUGCGACACUAGUCCCAUCAAUGGAUCUUUUACAUGUUCCUGUGCAUCUGGGUACAAGGGUGUUGAUUGCUCUGAGGACAUCGAUGAGUGCGAUCAAGGAUCCCCAUGUGAACACAAUGGGAUUUGCGUCAACACUCCCGGAUCCUUUGCCUGCAACUGCUCCCAGGGAUUCACAGGACCACGAUGCGAGACGAAUGUCAAUGAGUGUGAAUCGCAUCCGUGUCAGAAUGACGGCAGUUGUUUGGAUGAUCCGGGAACGUUUAGGUGCGUCUGCAUGCCAGGAUUUACGGGUACUCAGUGCGAAAUCGACAUCAAUGAGUGCGAGAACAAUCCCUGUUUGAAUGGUGGGGUCUGCCGGGACUUGAUUAACGGAUUCAAGUGCACGUGCUCUAUAGGAUUCACAGGAUCACGCUGUCAGAUCAAUAUUGAUGACUGUAUGUCACAACCUUGUCGAAAUGGUGGAAUCUGUCAUGAUUCCAUCGCAGGAUAUACGUGCGAAUGUCCUCCGGGGUAUACAGGAUUAUCCUGUGAAACUAACAUCAACGACUGCCAAUCUUCUCCCUGUCACCGAGGAAUAUGCAUAGAUGGGGACAACUCCUUUACGUGCCAAUGUCAUCCCGGAUACACCGGAUACUUAUGUCAGACGCAGAUCAACGAAUGCGAAUCCAAUCCUUGUCAGUACGGUGGACACUGUGAAGAUCUUGUUGAUGGCUAUAGGUGCCGUUGCUCUCCCGGGACUUCUGGGAUUAAUUGCGAAGUGAACGUCAAUGAAUGUCACAGCAAUCCUUGUCGCAACGGAGCAACGUGCAUCGACGGUAUCAACAGGUAUACGUGUCAGUGUGUUCCGGGCUUCACAGGACUCUACUGCGAGACGAACAUCAACGAAUGCGCGUCGGAGCCUUGUGCAAAUGGUGGAGUCUGCAUGGAUCUGGUCAACGCUUUCCGGUGCGAAUGUCCACGUGGAUACUACGAUGCCAGGUGUCUCAGUGAUGUGGAUGAAUGUGCUUCGAAUCCCUGCUUGAAUGGAGGCCGCUGCGAGGACGGCGUCAACCAGUUCAUCUGUCACUGCCCACCAGGAUACGGAGGGAAGCGAUGUGACAUCAAUAUCGACGAAUGCGGAUCAAAUCCCUGCCAACAUGGUGGGAUCUGCCGCGAUGGACUGAAUUCCUACUCGUGCCAGUGCAUGCCAGGAUAUACAGGAACCAACUGCGAAAUCAACAUUGACGACUGUAUUAACAAUCCUUGUCGCAACGGAGGAUCCUGCAUUGAUCUCGUGAAUGGAUACAAGUGCGUCUGCCGGGUGGCGUAUACUGGUCAAAAUUGUGAACUCAAAAUGGAUCCCUGCCAACCGAAUCACUGCCACAAUGGUGCUAAAUGCACUCCUAGUUCGAACUACUUAGACUUCUCCUGCACCUGCACGAUCGGCUACACUGGACGCCUCUGCAAUGAGGAUAUCAAUGAGUGUGCUCUGUCUUCGCCAUGUCGCAACGGAGCGACUUGCCGCAACGUCCCAGGAUCGUAUCAGUGCCUCUGCGCCAAAGGCUACGAAGGCAGAGACUGCACGGUCAACACUGAUGACUGUGCCUCGUUCCCAUGUCAGAACGGUGGAACGUGCCUCGAUGGCAUCGGCGACUACACUUGCCUCUGCGUGGAUGGUUUCGAAGGGAAGCACUGCGAAGUUGAUAUCAACGAAUGCCUAUCGAGUCCUUGUCAAAACGGAGCAACUUGCACUCAGUAUGUGAAUUCCUACACCUGCACCUGUCCCCUUGGUUUCUCCGGGAUGAACUGCCAGACAAACGAUGAAGACUGCACGGAAAGUUCUUGUAUGAACGGUGGAACGUGCAUUGACGGAAUCAACAGCUACAGCUGUUCCUGCAGACCAGGAUUCACAGGUGCUAAUUGCCAGUAUAAAAUCAACAAAUGCGAUUCCCAACCCUGCAAGAACGGAGCAACGUGUCAUGAUGAUCAAGGCAACGAUUACUCCUGCCACUGCUCAUAUGGCUACACCAGCAAACAAUGUACAGACUACGUUGACUGGUGUUCGCAGAAUCCCUGUGAGAAUGGUGCAACAUGUGUUCAACGUGAGAAUGUCUUCCAGUGCCUCUGCGCUACGGGAUGGACAGGAAAACUUUGCGAUGUGGAGAUGGUGUCCUGCAGCGAUGCAGCCAUUCGCAAGGGUGUCAAGAUCAAAGCGCUCUGCAACAAUGGAACGUGUGAAGACAUUGGGAACUCUCACAGAUGUCACUGCCAUACGGGUUACACGGGUAGCUACUGCCAGAAGGAUAUCAAUGAGUGCGAAUCUGGUCCAUGUCAGAAUGGUGGGAUAUGCAAGGAUCUCGUGGGUGCAUAUCAGUGCAUCUGUGCCAAGGGCUUCCAAGGGCAAAACUGCGAACUUAACAUUGAUGACUGCAAGCCCAAUCCGUGCCAAAAUGGCGGUACAUGCCAUGAUCUCGUAAACAACUUCAGCUGUUCCUGCCCUCCAGGUACCUUGGGCAUCAUCUGUGAGAUCAAUCACGAUGAUUGCGAACCUGGAGCAUGUCACAACAAUGGAACAUGCGUAGACAAGGUGGGUGGGUUUGAAUGUCGCUGCCCACCAGGAUUUGUAGGAUCACGUUGCGAAGGUGACAUCAAUGAAUGCCUAUCGAAUCCUUGCUCCAAUCCCGGUACUUUGGACUGUGUCCAGUUAAUCAAUGACUACCACUGCAACUGCAAACCUGGUCACAUGGGACGUCACUGUGAGAUCAAGGUUGACUUCUGUGCUCAGUCUCCGUGCCAGAACGGUGGCGUAUGCUCUACACGCCAGAAUGGCCAUCACUGUGUCUGCCUGGACGGUUUCUACGGGAAGAACUGCGAAUUUUCCGGACACGACUGUGACUCCAAUCCCUGCCUCAAUGGCAUCUGCGUGAUUGCCGACGGCGGAGGGUACAGGUGUGAAUGUCCACUGGGUACGGCAGGUGUCAACUGCGAAACAGACACCUUGGAUGAAUGUCAGUCCAAUCCUUGCAAGAAUGGAGCAAGAUGUGAGAACAAACUCGGUGAUUUUGAGUGUCUCUGUCCACCGAAGUAUCCAGGAAAGAUGUGCGAACGCUACGAUCCUAGCUAUCGAGGCUGGUACAGUGAACAUUCCAAUGCCAUUGGAUCUUUUGCCAAUGACCUGAAGUACCAGCAGGAACUCUGCAUCAAGCGGGGAUGUCGCGAGAAACAGGGCAAUUUUGUCUGUGACGAAGAAUGCAACACUUACGCUUGCAACUUCGACGGCAAUGACUGUUCCCUGGGAAUCAAUCCUUGGCGCAACUGUACGGCUAAGAUUAGCUGUUGGCAGGUGUUUAUGGACGGGAAAUGUGAUGAGGAAUGCAACAAUGCUCAGUGUUUGUUCGAUGGACAUGACUGUGAGAAGAAACUGUCUCAGUGCAAUCCGAUCUACGAUGGCUACUGCAGCAAACACUACGCUGAUGGAUGGUGUGACUACGGCUGCAACAAUCCCGAAUGCAACUGGGAUGGCCUGGAUUGUGUCGAUGGACCACCGGAUUUGGCUCAAGGAGUGAUUUCUGUGAUUCUCCUUAUGGAUAUGGAGACGUUCCAGGAGAAGAAAGUCGCCUUCUUGCGUGAUAUGGGACAUCAGUUGAGGACAACUGUUCGGAUUCGCAAGGAUGAACAUGGAAAUGAGCAGGUUUAUCGUUGGAUUGGAAUGUCACCAAAUGGAAUGCUGCAGAAUACUCAUGUUGGACGGGUGCACAAUGUCGUCUACUCAGAGGGAAUUACAGAUUCAGGAGUACAGAUCUUCCUGGAGAUUGACAACAGGAAGUGUGUGAUGACGGAUGACGGGGAGUGUUUCUCUACGGCCAAUGAAGCUGCAGAAUUUCUGGCUGCCACAGCGUCAAAGAGAGAUCUUCCAAAGAACUUUCCCAUUUAUCAAAUUCGUGGUAUCAUCGAACCUGAUGAUCCUUAUGGGCCAGCAGGUGGGGAGAGCAACAAAUACGUGAUAUUGGGUGCAAUUGCCGUGAUUAUGAUAUGCUGCCUUCUGGGAGUACUGAUCACGACGAAACGGAAGCGUGCCAAUGGUAUUACGUGGUUCCCUGAAGGAUUCUUCAGCACAAGUACAGGUCCACGUCGGCAGUCAAGGCGUCGUGGUCCCGAUGGCCAGGAGAUGCGCAACCUCAACAAGAAUAGUUCAAUCCCUUGCAUAGACGUGGACAUGAAUAGUGCUCACAUGGGACACUCACAGCAGUGGUCAGAUGAUGAAUCGGAUAUGCCACAGCCGAAGCGAUUGCGUCCCUGCGAUCAAGGUUACUCAUCCGAUCAUACCGUUGUCACGGAUUACGAAGAGACUGAACCACGUGUCUGGUCCCAGCAGCAUCUCGAAGCAGCAGAUAUCCGUAUUCCUCCGUCGAUGAUGACUCCUCCGGCUCAUCAUGAUGGAAAGAAUGACGUCGAUGUCCGCGGACCCUGUGGCAUGACACCGCUAAUGGUGGCCGCAGUUCGGGGCGGAGGCGUGGACACAGGCGAAGAUGCCGACAGCAAUGAUGACUCAACAGCACAAGUGAUAUCGGAUCUUCUGGCACAAGGAGCCGAACUCAAUGCCACGAUGGACAAAACUGGAGAGACAUCACUUCAUCUAGCUGCUCGGUAUGCCCGAGCAGAUGCAGCCAAGAAGCUCCUAGAUGCAGGAGCCGAUGCAAAUUGCCAAGACAAUACAGGACGAACUCCUCUGCAUGCUGCCGUUGCGGCUGAUGCAAUGGGAGUCUUUCAGAUUCUCCUUCGCAAUCGCGUUACGAAUCUCAAUGCUAGGAUGCAUGAUGGGACAACCCCACUAAUCCUGGCGGCACGAUUAGCCAUUGAGGGUAUGGUGGAUGAUCUGAUAAAUGCCGAUGCCGAUAUCAAUGCAGCAGACAAUUCGGGGAAAACAGCUCUGCAUUGGGCAGCUGCAGUUAACAAUGUAGACGCAGUCAAUAUCCUGCUACUGCACAAUGCAAAUCGUGAUGCGCAGGAUGACAAAGAUGAGACGCCGCUAUUUCUAGCGGCACGAGAGGGAUCCUUUGAAGCGUGCAAGGCACUGCUGGAUAAUUUUGCCAACAGAGAAAUUACUGAUCAUAUGGAUCGGUUACCACGUGAUGUAGCCAGUGAACGACUGCACAAUGACAUUGUUCGUCUGUUGGAUGAACAUGUCCCGAGGAGUCCACAAAUGGUGACCGUGAUCAACAAUGUGAUGAUCGGAUCACCAAAUCACUCCCAAUUGAUCUCGCAUCCCACGAUCAUCACCACGGGGAAACCGGGAAAGGCGAAGAAGCGACAGAAGCCACUUGCAAAUCCCGCCAGUCCGGAUGUCGUGGAGAGCAAUGGAGGAGCUGUUGUGCGUCGGAAGAACAGCGUAAAGAAGAAUGCAGCCUCCAAGAAGGGACAGACGAUAAACGAUGUUCAACUGUCAGAUGGUGGUAUCAGUUCAGUGGAGUCACCAUUGACCAAUAUUCCCAGUCCCUAUGAUACAGCCAGUCUGUACUCCAAUACACUCACCGUGCCGCAUUCCAAGGAGAUCAUGGGCACGACCAAACAGCCACCGAGCUAUGAGGAUUGCAUAAAGCUUCUCAAAUUUCAGAGUGCAAGGUCAAUCCCAAAAAUUAACUUUGAGAACUACGGUUACUCUUUGGGAUCACCCUUCCCCGAGAUGAUACAGUCACAGAGGGGUGGUAUUCAAAUCGGAGAUCAAGGACUCAGUCCACCGUACUCCAAUCACUCACCACCGCAUUCUGUACAAAGUAACUUGGCACUCUCACCGCAAGGUUAUGUAGGAUCACCGUCCCCUGCUAAAUCACGCCCGAGUUUGCCUACGUCUCCCACGCACAUUGCAGCAAUGCGGCAUGCCACGCAUCAGAAGCACGGUAGCAAUCAGCCUGGGAAUAGCCAAGUGCCAGGAGGUGGAAUGGUGCCAAAUGGGCAGAUACUGAGUGCGGGAUUGUCGCAGAAUUUAGCAAAUCCCAUUAUGCCCAUUCAAUUGGGUAACUUUGAAUUCAACACAACGGGCCUGGAAAUGGCGGGUUUCUGCAGUCCUCCAGCACAAGGAACGUCAGCGUCUUCCCAGGGAUCAUCUCCAAUGAGCAAUAGUCAAUCUGUUCAGUCGCCGGGAUCGUCUACGGGCACCAAUAUGGGCAGUUUGGCAAGUAGUGUAGGAGGAGGAGGAGGCGGUGGCCAAGCCAAUGGCGGUGCUGGAAAUGGACCUCAGCAGCAGGCUCUGCAGCCGGCUCAGUCCCUUCAGGGAUUGGGCAGCACAAGUGGUGCCAAUCAUCAGUCUUGCUCAUCCUUCCAUCAGUACUUCACGCCGCCCAGUCAGCAUUCCGGAGGUGGAACGCCGCAGCAUCUGGUGCACACACUGGACAGCUACCCAACGCCAUCGCCCGAGUCACCAGGAGACUGGUCCAGCUCGUCGCCGCACUCCAAUUCAGAUUGGUCAGAGGGUGUUCAGUCACCGGCCAAUAAUGUCUACGUGACGGGUGGCCAUCAAGCCAACAAAGGCUCCGAAGCGAUCUACAUUUGAAGUCCAGGGAGGGAAGAAUUCUCAUUUGACAUGAGGUACACUUGCAAGGUAAUCUCUAUUUUAAUUUUUUUUUCAAUUAUGUAAGUGUUUCUCACUUAUUAUAAACAAAUAUUUUAUUAAUUGAUAUAUAUUUAGUAUGUCGACUUUUUUUUUAUAAAUAAAUAAAUAAAUAAAAUAAAGAAUAAGAACUGAGCAUUUGCAACAAAUCGCUAUUGAGAAUCGUGCUAAAUUCAUCAAGUAAGAUCUGUGUAACAUUUAACCAUUAAGUUAGAAUUUCAGAAACCAUCAAUAUUUCUAUCGAAUUUUGCUCUUUUGAUUUUUUUUCAAGGGCUGCAUCAAAUUUUUUUUUACCCCAGUAAAGAAUUAUUUGCUUGGUAUUAAAUAUUUGAGGCUGUGAAAUAUUUUGGUUGGAUUGCGUUCUCUGAUUGGCUGGAGGUUUGACGGUUAUUAUUCUCUAAACCUUGUAACUAAAAGUUGAGGAAAUACCAUAAGAAAUUCAUCGGAAAGUUCUGCUCAUUCUGCGGAAGUUUCAUUAGAAUACUGAGAAGAAAGAUAGUAGAAUAUUCGAUGGAUUUCCUCUUAGAUUCCUUGGACAUCUCGUGGAUUUUUCUUUCUAACUUUUGAACAAUUUUCCCCAUGGAGGAUCAUCAGAAAUUCCUUGGAAACUUGCAUUAAAAAAUCGUCAGAACAUUCCGCGGAAAGAGCAGAAUUUUCCCUCAAACUUUUAAAUGAGCUUUUACAAGGAAUUUAGGCUUUUUUCCAUGGAAUAUUUCGUAAAAAAAUCCAUAGAAAGAAUUUUGAAAUAAUAGAAAAAAUAGAAAAAAAAACAAUAUAAUAAAAAAUAUCCGCAGAAUUUAAAGGAAAUGUCCAUGGACAGCUCCACUAUCUUUCUUUUCAGUAUUUCUAUAAAAAUUCCCUAAAAUUUUUCAUGUCCCUAUAGCCAACGGCCGCAGCGAUUCCACUGGAUUUCCAGCAGCCUUGUCUGCCAUGUCCGCUUGAUUUUACCGCUAAAAAACCGCGUGGAAUUCCCUGGAUUUUACCGCUAAAAAUCCGCGUAAGCUUCCAAGAUGGAAUUUGACGCUAAAUUUCUUCCUAGCGUUCCAUGGACGUUUGCGGAACUCUGUAUAGGACCGUCUAAUAAGAAAUGUCCGCGAGUUUCCAUGGACUUUUCUCUGAAGAAUAUUUCCACGGCUUUUCCUAUGGAUUAUUAGCGGUACAAUCGGCAGUUAACCCUUUAAAAAUUUGGAAAAAUCCUCUUUAUUUCCACGAAAUUCUCCGUGGAAAUUUCCAUGCAACGGCCUUAGUGGCUUCCGUGGUUUAAUAUUACGGAAUUACACGACUUUUCCAGUGUUUUUUUUUAAUUCUUCAAAAUGAUUCCUAAAAUCGAUUAAAAAUGGCGUGGAAUUUUCAUAGAGAAUUUCCAGAAAAAACAUCCACAAAUAUGGACGAUCAGUGCCAAUUGGCGGCUUAGAACUUGGAGAGUGUUCUUCUAUCAGACGAACACUCAAUUGUUCUACUUUUGAAUUGAAAAUAUUGCUACCAUAUCGUUCAUUUGAGUAUGUCUAGCUCGCAAGAAUUAUAGCGUUAGGGCGAAAAAUAAUUUCAGAAUUUUCGCGCUUACUUCCAUGGAGUCUUGGUCGGAAAGAUAUCAGAAAAUAUACUCGGAAUAUUCAAAGGAAAUUUUGAAUCAAUUUCCAGGGAAUGCUCUCAGGUAUGUUGCAAGAAAAAUCCUCGGACUUUUUUCCAGGAAAUCCACGCGAAAAAAGGUUAUAACUCCGCAGAAUUGCAAGCGGAAUAUUAGGGUUUAUUUCCACGGAAACUCUCGCGGAAAAAUUGAAGAUAAAUUCCAGGGAAUUUUCUGUUACUGUGAAACUUUGCGGCCGAUCGGCUACAGGGGUUACAAAUUUAACUGUCAAAUUGUUCCCUAUAAAUGAAUAGACGGAGUGAAGAUUGACAGCUGUCAAACCAAAGCUCUAACCAAUCAGAAAACGCAAUUUGCGUAAAAUAUUCCACAGCAUCAAAUAUUUAGUAACAAAUGGAUAAUACAUAAGUGACAAAUAGUAAAGAAUGCAUUUUACUUAUUCCCCCAGAAAAAAAGAAAGAAAAAAUAAAAAUAAAAAUAUCACAUCGACAAUGCCUCUGAUUUAAAAAAGGUAAUUUUAUAGUAAUGCUAGACUGAUUAAAAAAUUUAUAAUAUAACAUUUUUAUUAUAAAGAAAAUAUCAUUCAAAUUUUUUUAUUACAUUUAUGUACAUAUUUAAAAAUUUGUUAAGAAGACAGAUUUGUUGUAAACACAAAAAAGUAUAUAAGUAAGUAAAGUAGAAGAAGAUGACAGAGAAAUCAUAAGAUAAAAAAAAUGUAUUUCGUAAUUUUUUUUUACAUAGAAAUUUUUAUAAAGUAUAUUGUGAGAAUAGGAUAAUUUUAUUCAUGUUUUUGAUAUCGAUAAAAGAAGAAAAAAAGACAGAAUAAUUUAAAGUAAUUUAAUAAUUUUUUUUAGCAUAUUUUUUGAAUAAAAUGCGUCUAUAAUUAUUUAAUUGAAUAUUGAUAAAUAUGAAAAUCUCUAAUUACUAUCAGUGUUAAUUGUGUGCAAUUAUUCUACUCAUUUCUUAUUUUUGUUCUUUUUUUCGCAUUAAAAGAAAAUUGAAUUUGGAUAAACAAUAGAACAAUAGAAUAUUUUGGCGCUCUAUCUGUUAAAACCUUGGUGAAUAAAUGGAAAAGAAAUAUAUAAAUGCAAAGUAAAUGACGCUGAAAUUCUCCUUAUGUUAGAUGAGCAAGAAUUUCAUUCUUAUAAAUGAUAGAAAUAAGAAGUAAGAUCUUACGUAGAUGCUGAUAAUAAUUAUUGUACAAUACAAUUUAGAUAUUGUAAUAAAAGUAUUUUUAUUGAGUAAUAAUUAAA